AUGAAUAUGAAUACAAAUAUUAAUACAGAAACGAUCAAAACUCCAAGUCAAGAUGCUCAAGGUCGUUGGUAUGACUUACUAUCACCAACACAAGUACUAACAGGACAAGAGCAAACAACAACUACAACAUCAAUAUCAAACAUAAAGAAAAAGCAACCACGUAAUCGAAAAUUACAACGUUAUUGUCGAAAACUUCGUAAACAAGGUUUAGAUGAAGCAACUAUCCUAAUGUAUAAACGUUCUAAUCAAUUAGAACAACAACAACAGCAUCAAACAGAGGAUGUAGAAAUGGAAGAAAUAAUUCCUCUCAAUGAUACAAUGACAUUACCAGGUCCAUACAAUCCUCAACGAAAAAUAAUGAAACGUAAACGAGAUGAAUCAACUAAGCAAGAUGAUACAUCUAUUAUCAAAUCAUUAAGUCAAUUAUCAAUGAAAGAAAAUUCUAAGAAAAAAAAGAAACGAUCGUCUUCGUCUUCGAAAGUACAAGAACAAGAAAACCAACAGCAAGACAAAGAAAAUGAAGAAAAUUUAAUUCAAGUCAAUGAUAAUAAACAGACAACAUCAUUACAUUAUUAUUUAAAUGCUACGGAUAAAAAAUUUAAACAAAUGUUAAAGGCUGCCUUUGUUGGUGGCAAAAAUAUUCUACAAUGGUGUAAAUCAAAAGAGAAUCUUCAUUAUCUACGUGAACAUACUCGUUUAGUUGAUAGAGUACAUUAUCUUAAAUUAGAAGAAGAUCUUUGGGAAAAUUAUACAAUUUAUGGUGAAACAUAUCACUGUUGGACAUCACCAUUAUCAAAAACAAUCAUUAAAGAUAAUAAAUUAGAAUCAGAUUAUAAAAUAUCCAAAAAGUCUAUGAUAAAAUAUCAAGAAAGAAUCAAACAACAACAACAAGAAGCUGAAGAACAAGUUGAAAAGCAUGCCUUAUUAUUGAAAGAUUAUCAACAGCAAGAUUCAAGCAUCGAUGAACAACAUUUAUGGGCAGCCAUCUUAGCAUUAGUACGUAAGGGUCAACAUAAAUUAUCAGAAAAUUAUGAACAUAGAAAAAAAUAUUUCAAAAAUAGUGCUAAAGAUUAUUCUUUUGUUAAAGCAUGUUAUGAUUGUCAACCAACACAAGAUGAAAUUAUGUCAAUGCAAGUUAUUUGGCAAGCAACUAUUAAUGAAUGUAAAUCACAACAAAAUGUCGAUAUUUUAAAGCAACAUCUCUUUAUAAAACGAAUACCUAAAUCAUUAGAUUAUCUUGAUCAAUCAUUUUCAAAUGUGGAGAAUAAAUUAAGUAAACCUGUUUAUAAUGAUAAUAUAAGAACAACAAUUUCAACACGUCAUAAAAAAAUUAUUGCACAAAAUAAAUGUGAUUUAAUGACACUUUAUAUUAGUGUGGCUGAAGCAGCUGUACAUGGUUAUUAUCAAUAUGCUGAAAAUGAAAAAAAGAAAUUAGUCAAUCAUAUGAAACAAGAUCCACUUCGACAAGAAUUCAUCGAACAAUUUAUCCAAGCUAUUGAACAACGCCAAAAACAUAUUCGACAAUAUAUGGAAUAUUUAACAAAACGACGUAUUCAUUUUUUCUACCAUCGCUCCGACGAUCGUCGACAUAAAUGGUAUCGUCGGAGCUAUCAUCUUAAUUUAUAUUGGGAUAUUCUUCCAUCAUCACCUAUUAUUGAAGUUUCUAUCAAAUUAACACCGGAACAAUUGGCUUUACUUUCUCGUGGUCCAAAAUAUGUACCACCAUGUCAAAGUCGAUUUUAUAAGAAGGAAGCAAAGGACAAAAUUAUUCAAGAAGAAUAUAAAAAUAUUAUUACUAAAGUAACCGAAUUUAUUCGACAACAUUCUUUUUGUGUAUCAGAAAAACGCAUCAACGACUUUUCUACUGAUCUUAAAAGUCUUAUUCAACGUCUUUAUACAAAAAAAUUAUCACGAAAAUUAUCAGUACGUGCUAAACGUGAACAUAAAUUAAUUACUAGUAUUCGUCGUUAUUUAAAUAAAUAUCGACAAGUUAUUUUACGGCGUACGGAUAAAAGUAAAGUAUUUCAUCUAGGUGAUGCCAAUGAUUAUCAACGAAAAGUUCUUGAAUAUAUGCAAGAAACAGAAGCCUACGAAGAAAUUACAUCUGGUAUUUCACCAUUAGCAGCCAAUUUACAACAAGUUAUUUCAUUACUUAAUCUUCUUUACCAUGCAGAAAAACCUUUGAUUUCUAAAAAGCAAUAUGAAGCAAUGUAUCCAAAAGAAAAUACAAUUGAAUUAGGUCACCUCUAUUUUNAAAAAAAAAAAGAAAUUAUAAAUUAUCUAGUUUGA